UUGACUAUCGAUGACCAAACUUAUCGGAUAAUAUUGUGGCGGCAGCUUGUGUACACAUUGUUUGUGUUUUGUUUUGCAAUGGUUUUAAGAUAUGCUGGAAUUCCUUGAAUAAAUGACGGUCCAGAAUGCCAAACAGCGCCAAAAAGUCAGAGCCCUCUCGGAGCAACAGCUCCACGCCGAGGAGGCCGCGGAAACGGCGCCGCUUGGACCGGCAGAGCCUUGACUCCCAAGUGGAUGAGGAUGUGAAAGAUAUGGACCGGCGGCUAAGAAAGGUGGCCCGAGAGAAUUGCAUCAGCAGCCAGGAGAUGCACAAAGUAGUACGAAGUGUGGUACGCAAUGACCAUGUCUUGGCUCUAGUUACCUUAAAGGCAGAGGAUGAGCUGGCGCGGGAGAAGUCACUGGAGUCACCGGAACAACAAAAACGUGGUGCUAUCAUCAUUACGGACACUCCAUCGGUGGCUAAGCUCACCCGCGCCAAGGCCAGGCAGCUGAACUGUACUCCCGGUAUAUCACUGCCCCAGCUGAAUGAUACUCCAACGGAUAACAAUGGAAUCGAAGCACUGAUACACGAAGAUUUGCAAUCGGACGAGGAGGAUGAGGAAUACACGUUCAAGGAAGAUGACUUUCAUUCCGACGAUGACCCAAGUACAGCAGCUUCGGAUUUCGACUCAAAUCCCUGUACACCCCAAACGCCACUGACUGCAGCAGAGGAAUCUCCGGUCAAGUUGUCCGAGGAUGGUUGCUUCAAGGUUCCCUUCGAAAAAAGCUUGGCUAGCAAGGACGAUUUACGAAUAGCCACCAGAACGCGCUCUAAACUCUGCCUGCAGCAGACCACCAUCGAGGAUUUGCAGUCCGAGUUCGUACCGCCCGAUUUGGAGCCCAGCGAUGUGAUGGAGCCGGACAUAACCGCCACUGAUGCUGACUGGAUGCAGUUCCUUAAUGAUUUCACAAAGCCAUUGAACAAUAGCUUUCUUGGGGAUGAUGAUGAUCCCAUCAACGAUCCCGAGUAUGUGGCGGCAGACAAUAUGGAUGCCGAGUACGAGAACGCCGAGGAACUUCGCGAUGUCAAUAUAUCUAAGAAGGAGCUCACUGACUUGGUUUCAGAACUGUUUGCUGGCUUGCUGCAGGAGGGAGUAUCCCUUGAAUCAGUGGAGUUGGAAACUCCUCAGAAGUUUAUGGAAAGCGCAAAUGUUACGGGGAAUCCCAUCGAACAAGUGACCCGCCAGAUUGACUUUGAUGGCCAGAUGAUACAAAAUCAGCAGGAAAUGGAGGUAUUCCAAUCUAGUAUGAUAUCUGCUCCAUGUGAAGCGAAUAAUACGCUUAUGCCCGUGCCACUUGUCGUAGUGCAAGAGGGAGCUCUGGAACAAAGUCCCGGAGGAACUCCCUGUAAGAUGGUGAAUAUCCCGACAGAUGUUCUGAGCCAACCUCCGGAACUGAUUGCUGUUCCAGUCCCAGGUCAGCCGAAUUGCUUCCAGUUGGCCAAAGUAAUGGGCAAUGAUUCCACAGUGUAUACUCCACCACCACUAGUAAACGAUUAUGCCCUCCCCGAGCCAGUGGAUAUCGAAGUUCCCAUUGGGCCAAAAAUUAACAAUGAACGCUACACCAAGCCUUAUGAUACAAACUUUACUUGGGAAUACAUUUCAGUGAAAAAGCAUGUUUACUCCGAGUAUGAUACUAAGUUUGAGAAUCUGCGACAUGAGGUGCCAGCCAACUAUAGUAACCUCGCAAGAAGUGGGGGUUUUACUAAACCUCAGUACGAUAUGCUUCAACAGCAGCUACGCAUUCACACCCAGAUGCUUACCCAGAGCUAUCUGCAGACCUACUCCCACCCAACGCUGUAUCCAUUGGCCAAGAAGCCCAGGGAUAUGCUGGAGGAACUCCACCAAAAGGCAAGCCAGAACGCGACUUACAAUUGCUGGAAUCUGCAAGGUGCGGUGGAUUUGGCGAGGAAGUGGGAGCACGAUCUGUGUAGCGAUGAGUACGAAGAGGAAAACAAGAACAUGAUGGCGUUCAUUAACAAGGAAACCGAUUUAACGGACGGCCACACGCGCCAAGUUCCGAGAUUGGCUCCUCGCAUUAUGAACCUCAUGCUGGAUAGCCAGGUCUUCAUGUAUCCUCAGUACUUGCCACGCAUGGCUUUCCAACCAAAACUCAACCCUAUUCCCGUAUAUGCACCUUCGGAGUAUCAGCUUAUAGCCAUGGGCCUGGAAAAGCACAUGACGGCUAUUAGAAACUCUGCAAAACCGCUCCGCAAAGGUGCAGAUCCUCUCCGCUUGGCCUGUAGGCGUAUGGCCAAAGAUACCAUUCACGGAAAAACACACCGAAGAAUUUUCAUAAAGAUAUCUGAGCUCCGCGAUUCGAAACAGUACAAUCCUGUUAAGUAUUAUUUCGAUCGAGAUCGUGCCCCGCCCAUCAACGAAAUCGUUUGGGGCUUUUAUAACGGAGUGGUGAAGAAACCCAGGGAUCGCUUUCCGGAGCUGCCCAGUGGCUGGCAGUACUUCAUUCAGAAUUCCUGGGACACACUUAACACUCGACGACCUUCAAAAGCAGUCAAAGCUUCGUCAGAAGCGGGCAUCUCGUAUUUGGAAUUUGUGCGCGAGGCGGUGGGCGAAGAUUUGUUUCUGCCCGACAGCUUUGGUCAGGCUGCAAUCCCAGAUGGCAGCGCCGCUGGUUCGGAACCCAUUAAGGAGCGCAAGCCCAAGAAGAAACAUACGACAAGGAAACCUCGCCGAGCGAAGGAGAAUGCCUCUUCCCUGCUGACAAUCAAUGUAAACUACGUCUUCGGCGGUGGAUCUAGUCCAGGAAAUUGUUUAGGAGCAUCGGGCGUCUCAGUUCCUUUUCUACCCGACGGGGGCUUGGCUGACAAUGUGCGGAAUAUCAACCGCACCUUGAAUACCACCGAACAGUGCAGCGAUCUAUUGGCGUUGCCGCCGAUUCCUCCUCCGUUGGCCGACGACGCGCCUACGGCGAUAAACUAUAGAUUGGACGAGCUCACAAAUACGCUGCAAAUAAGCGAGUGCGAAGCCACCACCGAGGGUUCACAGCAGGACCUGUAUCCUGUUCGGGAGUUAAGCCGAUCCUUUUCUGGCCAAGGUUGUAAACGAGCUCGCUACCAAAUCUUUAAGCCAAAGGUUAAAUCUACAAGUAAAUGCAAAAGCGGAUCAACACCAACGCGCGGUCGUUACCACAAAUUAUUCGGGCGUUUGCGCCAUAAACUGCGAAAGCGGUGUCAGGCAUUAAUUACGUCCUACGGGUCCUACCUGCGGAAGCAAAGUGAGCUAUAUAAAAACUGCGAAGUGGUACAGCUCGUCCACAGACACUUUCUGGCCCUCGACCUGUUCACGGAUCUGCUGAAAGAUUUGAAGAUGUUCUGCAGCACCAACGCCGUCUCCACUGUUACCACCGCCGUCACCACAGCUCCCGCCACCACCACCACCACGAAAACAGCCACGCAGCCAAAGAGAACGAAGGCUGAUGAUGAGGCGGCACGUAUUAGGAAGGCCAUUAGGGAGGAGGAGAUGCUGCGCCAAAUGCUGAGGCCCGACACUUCCGAAGAGCGCAAUCGUAAAGAUGCCAUAUUUGCCUUGAAUUUCUACGACAAAGUGGAGGAAACGCUGCUGAAAGCCGAUCGGGUGGAAGAUUGUAGGAAGUUCAACAGUUUGCUGAAAACCUUCGAUCCACAUAAGGAUAAAGUCUCGGACUUAUAUUUGAAAGUGGAACAAAUUCUGAUGCCCGACCACCCAGAAUUAGCAGAGAUGUUUUUGAACUUUUUGGUACCUGCCGAGGCUGCUGAAAUUGGAAAAUUCUUUGAGCACUUCAUGAUAACCAAUGCCACUAAUUUCAUCAACAAGUUGAACGUGUAUUUCAGCAAGCAGCCUGCGCAGAUCAGAAAGAUAUAUGCAUGCCUAAGCGAAUUGGCCGAGCUGCCCAAUGUAAGCAUGAAAAAGGUGGAGAACAAGAUAAUGCCCUUGCUCAAGGGCAAUAAGUUUCUGUGCGACUGGUUUGUUCAACAAUUCCCUCAGGGAAAACCUCCGAAACGAAUACUAUCUCCUGUGGAGACCAUAAAUCUUCUGGAGGUACAGAACAACACCACCGGCGAAUACACAGAGACGAUCCAGGAGUUUUUGGAUGUUCCAGCUCCAAGCAAGCCCAGCUGCCACCUUAGAUACAUAAAUGGUCGAAUUUUCUAUGGUGCCAAAAUGUUGCUGCCCGCCAAGUUAUCCUUUAUGGCUGCCAGUAUUUACAAUGAGCAGUCGGACGUUCCACUGUCUUCCGCUGAACCUUUAACCUGUGCGCAUGCAAUUCGCACUCAAGGCGAGAAACUAAUCAGCCUGGCAUCCAAUGUGGACAGCGAUGAUGCUACCGAUCGGAGUGAGGAGGACGAUGCCAGCCGCGCUUUGGUCAUUGAUACGACGGGUGACGAACAGAACAGUUGCUCCUCUAUUGAGAUGUGCGAUGAUAUCGGCUUCCGGGCCCAUGCAAUUCGCUUAAAUGCUAGCUUAUACUCCAACUCUAGCUUUAGUAAUGCUGCCACCAGUACGCCAAAUGUGGGAAACUCACAUGGGCAUCAUCACCCGCAUGCUAAGAAAACAUCCAUCAACUUUGGCGAAGUGUCUCCACGCAAGCAGUCGGCUUUUAACAACUCCGGCUUAAGUCCCUUGGCAGCUAACACGUCUCCCCAUGUGGAUAAACGGAAAUCACCCAGCAAGAAAGUGCGAUCACCUCAAAACCAAAACCAAGGCAGACAGCGGGGCUCCAACCACCCGAUGGUAGUGAUUCACGAAUCUCAACCGUCGUCUUCGCCGGCGAUUGAGUGUGCCAAACGUUUACGCACUCUGAUCGACCAGGAAAGUGUCCGGGAUGCGACGGAUACAAAGGCGGGAAUUCGAAUCAUCGCACAGGCCAAACAGAAAACGCCAACUCCCACAUCGAUUGCAAAGGUAGAGGUGGAAAGCCGGGAGGCAAGUAGAGAAAGCCUCCCAUUAUUGACACCGAUUAAAAUGGAUCUGGAUCAAUCUGAGGACGAAAUGGAGCCUUUGCAAGUAAGCUCCGGAAGAACACCUCAGCAUGUGAUAACCACACAGUUCGAUAGUGAUGAAGAUUGUAAGCUAGACGUGGUUGCAUCCCUGGCCAGUGGUAGUCCUACGGCCGAAGUCCGUGGCCCGGUAGCUCCAGAACCCGCAACGCCCAGCACAUCGUCCAAAUCCCAGAGUAGUAGUUUCAUUUCGGCACCUUGGACGCGGGAAGAAGACAAAGUGAUUCUAAUCGAAAUGAAAUUGGGCGCCAAGGACCGUGAGAAGCUCAUUAAACGGAUGGGCGCCAAGCUGCAACAUCGAACUAUAGAAGAGUUGCGAGGAAGGCAUCAGUUCCUCAUGGAUUUCUUGUCCAAGCUUCAGGGAAAAUAGAAGACUCUUAUUCGUGUUUCAUAAACUGUAUAAACCUCUUUUGAAUUAAGCCUAAAUAUAAUAGAAUAAGCUACACUCUGGAGCGUUGUAGUAUAUAUCGUUUGAAUGCGGAGUUUGAAGUAUUUUUUAUUUGAUAAUCGAACAAUAUAAUAUUAAGAUUUAAUCAUAAGAUUAAAAAGGAUAACUUACGUUAAGCUAAAAGUUAAAACUGUUGUUUAGAAAUUGUACAUAGGCAUGAACAAGUAAACAUAGAAGAGUUUGUUUUUUCUAAUCAAA